GCGGUCAGUCAUGCCCGGGGGUCCUCUGCUGGCUGUUAUGACCUGUCAACACUUCGCCUGGAUCGAGGUGCAGUGCUCAGACGCGACAGGCUACUGGAGAACAAGGGCGAGAAGUAUCUUGCGUGACCAUAAUCCCGAUGUAGCAUAUGCGAGCGAGGGCUGUGAAGAGGAUGUUGGCAUCUUACCUAACCUUUACUUUGUCCAGAACACAACAAUACCCUGGUAAGCCUGGAGCAUUGUCGAUCGUGUGGACGGGAGCGGCUGACAUGGAACUGCGUGAACAACCAACGGGGUUGAAGCUUGGGACAGGGUCUUUAUCAACCAGCCCCGGGCUUACUGUAAGGCUCUCAAAGUCCCCGCUGAGGCCCCGGGUUGAUUCAAGAGAAAGCUGUGGGCGAUGUCGGAGUCUCGGACCCUGCAUCUGCGUAGCGAGGUGUGGGCGAUGGACCCGAACCCUGGAUUGGCGGGACACCAAUCUUUCGAUAGCGCGGGCUUCC